GGAGGGAGGCCUCGGUGAGCGGCACCCGGGCGCGCCAAUGGGGCCGGCCUGACCUGGUGCAGGUUUGUGGCGGGGCCGUGAGCUGGUUCCGGCCCUGCCGCCGCCAUGGAGCCCGUGGGCGCCUGGGGCCCUGCACAGGUGGCGGCCUGGCUGCGAGGGCUGGACGCGGCGGUGCAGGGGUACCCCUUCGAGGCCUGGGGGCUGGCGGGCACCGAGCUGCUGGGGCUGUCGGCGGGGGGCCUGGAGGCGCUGGGCGUGCGGCGCGUGGGGCACCAGGAGCUGCUGCUGGACGCCGUGGAGCAGCUUCGAGCCCUGGACACGGAGCUGGCGAGCACCAGCCUGCGGACGCUGACGGAGGGGCUGCGGGACCUGGCGCUGCGCACCCAGACCCUGGUGCUGGAGGGGCCGUCCGGGGGUGUCACCCCCCAGCCGCCCCCCUUCUCCCUGCUGGCCUGCGUGGUGGAGCUGAUCCGGGCCGCCAAGGGGCUCUUCUCCUGGCUCAACAGGUACCUUUUCUCCACCCUGAACGACUUUUCGGCCAGCAGGGACAUCGUCCUGCUCUGCGCCCGGCUGGCGGAGGUGCUGCAGGCGGACUGCUCGGCAGUGGAGAGGACUGGCCAGAUCCUGCUGAUCUGCCAGCACAUCGUGGGCAUCUGCGAGAGCAUCCUGGGCUGCAGCCCCCCGGCUCUGCUGGACCGCAGAGCUGUGCUGGAGCGCGUGGGGCUGUUGCCCCCCCCCGAGUCGUGGGGCAGCCCCCCAGAAUCCCCCAGCACCCCCACGCUGCCCCCCAAACCAUGGGGCAGCCCUCCAGCAUCCCCCAGCACCCCCACGCUGCACUCCAACCCACUGGUGAGUCCCCUGGUGCCCCCCACCUUCCCUUUCCCAGUGGUCCUGGACAUCAUCUCUACCAGCUCCUGCCUGCACUUCGUGACCUGCGAACAACCUGGAGGUGAGCUGGGGGCGCCCCCUGCCCUGCCUCUGCCCCAGGCCCUGGCUGUGCAGGGGGGACGCAUCCUGCCCGGAGAUGAGAUCGUGCAGGUCAACGAGCAGGUGGUGGUGGGCUGGACACGCAGCAACCUGGCGAAGAAGCUGCUGGAGAAGGCGAGCGGGGUGACGCUGGUGCUGAAGAAGGUCCCGCUCAGCCCGCCUGGCUCCCCCCUGUCCCCCCGGCAGCAGGUGCCAGGAGCCUUUUUGGAUGCUGCGGAUCCUCCCGGCGCCAAAAGCAGCGAGUGCCCCGGCAGCCCCGUGUCCCUGACGUCCAGACGUUUUAAUGGGGCAGAAACUAUAUUUAGAAAUGACCCUUCUCCUCUCCCGGAAUGGAAAGGCGUCCGCCCAGCCGUUGGCGCCGCGGGCCGGGCUGAGCUCGGUGCCGCCGGGAGAUUUUCGGGGUGGGGAGCGAGGCUGGUGCCCGGGCUGGGAACCCCGCAGGGGAUAUUUUUGCAGCUCCUUUCUACCCCCAGCGUGGCCGCCGACGUGGAUUCGGGUCCAGACUCUGCACCGGACCCCGGCACCGACGAGGAGGACGAGCGUGACACGCGGCUGCCGGGGGAGGAUUUGAGCGAGCUCCCCCCGGCACCGCUUGGCCGCGGUGCCGUGGAGGACACGGUGUGGGAGGCCAGCACCCCGCCGGGCACCCCGUGCUCGCCACGCACCCCUGCUGGGGCUCAGGGCGCAGAGCCCAGCCAGAUCCCUGGGGAGGGCAGCCCCGAAACUGGACGCAAGCCCAAAGGAGUGGCCACCAGGCUGAGCCGCCGGCGGGUCUCGUGCCGGGACCUGGGCCAGGUGGACUGCGAUGGCUGGCUCCUGAAGAAGAAGGACCACGUGGGCUUCAUGGCCCAGAAGUGGAAACGGUGCUGGUUCGUGCUGAAGGGCCACACACUCUACUGGUACCACCACCCCAACGAUGAGAAGGCUGCGGGUCUCCUCAACCUGGCCAGCUACAACCUGGAGAGCACGAGGGAGCAGAAAAAGAAAUACGUCUUCCAGCUCUCCCAUGAGAAGUACAAACCCUUCAUCUUCGCCGCAGAAACGCUGGCGGAUUUAAGCAUGUGGGUCAGCCACCUGAUAACGGCCAAGACGAAGCACGCGCUGGCCGACCAGCCCGUGCCACACAGGGAGGAAGACUGCUACAGCGAGACAGAAGCCGAGGACCCCGAUGACGAAGCUCCCCGGCAGGGCUGUGACUCGCCAAAGAAAAGGCUGCAAAACACCCCAGAGAAAGGCCAGCUCUUCCCGGCCAGCAGCGAACCCAGCAGCACAGCCAGCAGCCCCCAGGGCAGCCCCCGGCCCUGGUCACCCGAGGAGCCCGGCGAGGAGGACCUGGAGAGCCUGAUGCAGUGCCUGAAGCAGGGGGGGGUGUCCCUCAUCGGGCGGCAGCGCUUCCUGACGCAGGAGCAGUGCCGCAGGUCCUUCGUCCGGCGCAACAAGAACCCCCACAUCAACGAGAAAGUGCACGCCGUGCGGGCCCUGCAGAGCACGCUCAAGGCGAAGCUGGCGGAGCUGCAGGCCCUCGAGCAGCUGCUGGACGAUGCCACGCUCACCUCAGAGAAGUUCACGCGCUGGAAGGAAGAGCACCAGGACCUGUACCAGGAGCUGCAGGAGUGCUGGGCACAGCGGCAGGGCCAGGAUGGCAGCGGGGAGCCGAAAGCCGAGCAGAGCCCCCCAGGAAGAGGCAGCCAAACCCUGACACCCCCCCCCCCCCCCCAGGAUCUCUGGCAUCUCCAUAAAACUCAUGGUGCUGGUGGGUGCCUGGCAGGAUUUGGGGCAGAUCUGAAGGCUCAGACCCCUCCUGCUACAUCGCCCACGGGAGCGGGACGUUGCAGGGAUGCUCUUGCUUUUUUCCCAAGGACGUUUUGCCUCGGCCACAUGUUUGCAAUUUGGGGCCUUUUCCUGGAGGACCACGCUCCCACCGUGUGCCAGCGUGGUGCCUCCGCCUGGGCUCUCUUCUGUAAAUAAAAACCGUGUCGUUUUUUGAGG